AUGACUUCAAAUCCUCAAACUACGACUUCUUCAUCUUCUAAUUCAAAACCAGCAUUCAACUUUACAGAUUGUUCAAAAUAUUUAACUUCACGUCAUACUGCUACAAUCGAAGGUUUACAAAAUGCUACAAAUGGUACAAUACCAGUUUCAGAAAGAGUUGAAGUUUAUAAACCACCAGGUUCAUCCAACUUACCAAACAUUGCAGGAUCUUGGGGAUCAGGAAAACCUACUUCAAUGUCAAACGGUCAAGAUUUCAUAACCACUCUUUGGAAUAAAUUCGAACAUUCUCCUCUUUAUCAAUCACAUCUUUCUUCUUUAUCUAAUCCUAAUUCGAAUCAUCCUAAUCCUAGUUCAAAUCCAUCACAAGUUCCAGCAACAAAAUCAUAA